UCUUUGGCUUCCCCAUAUCUUCGGUUACGUUAACACUCUCAAUUCACAAUAUGAAACGCGUUAUAAAGCCGACAAUAACUUAGAGAAGGGAGAGAACUGUCAAUUUUGUAAACAACACGCAAUCACGCUUGCACGAGUCAUGCCGUCCGCUGCUGGAAACUGUCGUAAAAUAACAACACAGCGCUUAUUUUUUUUAUUCCCAUAAAUUCCCUGUCCAUAAGAAAAUAAUGUAAAACGUUGGACGCUGUCUCUAAGGAAAAUAGCUUUUGAAAAAUGCUUCCGACAUCAAUAAUUCUAAUCUUUUCCCCCAACGUUUACUAUAAAUAGACAGUAUAAUUUCUGCAAAAACGUUAAGAUAAAAAUGAUCUACAAUAAAUCAGGGAACUCUCGGAACAAUUUAUUCGUGACGAUCAGUUCUUUGCGCAGAUCUACAAGAGUGGGGCAAUUUGUAUCCCCACUAAAUCCGGUUAAGGUUUCAGGACAGUUUAGGAUGACUUCAGUGAUCUCUACGGGCGAUAUCAGGAAGUGCAACAGGUGAAAAACUAUUCAUUCUCGCAAUGCGCUGUCGUCGUUCCCGCUAACACGCAAGCUAGCCACGGAAGGUGCACUUCUGGAAGAGAACUCUGCCUGAAUUUGGGAAGUUCGAGGAAGGGAGAAAUAAGAAUUAUUCUCACGCAACAGAGAACCUGCCGCCAUGGUCGACAACUUGAGUAACUCCAAUGUAAAGGUCGCUGUUCGCCUCCGACCAAUGAACAGAAGAGAAAAGGAUCUGAAGACUAAAUGUGUGGUGGAGAUGAACGGGAACCAGACCGUGUUGAAUCCAGCUAGUCAGAACCUGAGCAAGGGAGACCCCAGGAAUCAGCCUAAGGUCUUUGCUUAUGAUCACUGCUUCUGGUCUAUGGAUGAGGCCGACACAGACAAGUUUGCAGGUCAAGAUGUCGUGUUCCAGUGCCUUGGAGAAAGUCUUCUGGACAAUGCCUUCUUGGGCUAUAAUGCCUGUAUCUUCCGCUUAUGGAACAGACAGGUUUGGCUCAAGGUGUGUACACCAUGA